UACCCUAACCCCAUCUCUCUGUCACCACCUGUAGGUUUCGGGAUGUCCACUCCAGUGACGGUAGCAGGGAAGGUGUUCCUGAUCUUCUACGGUCUCCUCGGCUGCGCAGCCACCAUCUUGUUCUUUAACCUCUUCCUGGAACGCAUUAUCACCCUCCUGGCUGUGGUCAUGAAGGCCGUGAGGGAACGGCGCAUUCGGAACUCCGGCCUCCUCCCGCCGGGUAUCCGCCAUGACUUCUCAGCGUGUUCUUUCCCGGGGUGGAAGCCGUCUGUCUACCACGUCAUGUUGAUCCUGGGGCUAUCCGCCAUCAUCAUCUCCUGCUGCGCCUCGGCCAUGUACACCCCCGUGGAGGGAUGGGCCUACCUCGACUCACUCUACUUCUGCUUCGUCACAUUCAGUACCAUCGGCUUUGGGGACCUGGUGUCGAGCCAGAGAGCAGACUAUGAGUACCAGCCACUGUACCGUCUAGCCAACUGCCUGUUCAUCCUUAUGGGCGUGUGUUGCAUCUACUCUCUGUUCAACGUCAUCUCCAUCGUCAUCAAACAGGUGCUCAACUGGAUGCUUCAGAACUUAUGCUGCCAGCGGUGUAAAAUCAAGUCCAACUCUUUCCCAUUGGGUCGCCGCAACGCCAUCCGGCCUGGUUCGAGAAUCCGUAAAGGUCGCUUCCGAAUCAAACGCACGCCGGACUCGGGGGAUUCGGGACCCUGUGAAAGCGACAUGGAGGGAGGAGGACGCAGACUCUCGGGAGAGAUGAUUUCAAUGAAGGACCUGACAGCCUCGAAUAAGGUCUCACUGGCACUCAUGCAGAAGCAGUUAUCAGAGUCCGCUAACGGUUAUCCCAGGACGGUGUGCGGCGGCUCGAGACAUAACGGGUUCUCUGGAGGAGUGGGCGCUCUGGGGAUCAUGAACAACAGACUGGCAGAGACCAGCAACUCCAGGUAGAACUGAGCAGUGUUUCUCGACUUCUUGUCCGUGGACAGGCACUGGUCUGUGGGAUGGGACUUUCAGUCCGAGAGAUGAGUAGCUGACUUAAUUUAAGCGCUCCCUCAAGGA